AUGGCGAAAGUCUCUGUGGCAGAGGCGGAGGAAAUUAUGGACACUAAGGGCGAGGAGCACAUUGAGGAAAUCGCACUUGCAAGAUUGACUGAAGAGGAUGUAUGGAAAAUUUCUCAGGAGUCACUUACAGUGUGGUCAUGGACUGGUGUUCGUCUUGGUCUUAUCAUGUUCGUACAAGGAUGUAACCAGGCUGGGUUCGGGGUCGAUUGGGGAGUGAUCAGCGGGAUCGACGCAAUGACUGCAUGGCACGAUUACUUUGACUUCGGCACAGCCGGAUCUACAUAUGGUCUUAUCAAUGCCCUAAUGAGCAUUGGAACAGUCUGCGGAGCUCCAUUCAUGUCCUUGGCAGAUGUCUUCGGACGUCGCGGUAUCAACUUCGCUGGUAACGCCAUCGUGAUUGUUGCGGCUAUCUUGCAGGGCUGUGCGAUCAACCUACAUAUGUUCAUGGCCGGUCGCUUCUUCAUGGGAUUCGGUACUGCUUUGAUGUCAAGUUCGCAGUAUAUUGGCGAGGUUGCUCCACUUCACCUUCGUGGUCGCAUGGUCGGAUUCUUUGGUGCUUGUUUCCAGGUCGGAAGUCUCGUCAUGCUGGGUGCUAUGAUUGGAUUGGAGAGCUUGCCAGGCAACAACUGCUGGCGAAUCCCUCUCAUAUUGGAGGCCAUUUUCCCUGUUAUUGUCUGUCUGACUAUUUUCGUGUUGACCCCCGAGUCUCCUCGAUGGUAUAUCAUGAAGGGUAAUCGGGAAAAGGCCAAGGAGGUUAUUGCCAAGUACCACACUACUAGCGGCGACAUCAAUGAGCCGAUCGUUGAGAUAUCGGUCAGGCAGAUGGAGGAAUCUCUGGAGAAUGAUAGAGCUGGCUACCAGGCCUUUUGGGACUACAGGGUAUUCUUCGCCAAGACUGGUCGCUUCCGACUUUUAGUUCUAGUGCUGUAUUCCAUUUUCCAGCAAUGGAAUGGCGGCAGCAUUAUAACUUACUACAUGACACCCGCACUCGAAACUAUCGGCGUUACCGGCACACGCCAGCAACUCGGAAUCACCAUUGGAACUACCGCGACGUAUUUUGUUUUCACUACAUUUGGAUCUUUCCUCGUUGAUAUAUUCCGCAGACGAACAUUGAUCUUUGCGGGCUUAGCUUCAAUGAUUCUGUUUCAAACGGCUACAACCAUUACGUCCUGGCAAUACAGUCUUACGGCCGACCAUGCGGCAGCGUCCCUUACUAUCCUGUGGAUAUUCCUCUAUCAGGCAUUUUCUGCCUCGCUCAUUGCAACAAUGCAUAAUCUAUAUCCCGUUGAAGUGCUUUCUUUGCCACUACGUGCAAAGGGAAUGGGGUUGUACAGUUUGAUCCAAGGAGGUGCAAGUGCUGCACAGACAUAUGGAAUUAGCGUGGGUAUCGCCAAGAUUGGGUACAAGAUUUGGGUGGUGUACAUCGCAUACAACUCGAUUCAGCUUGUAUUAUCCUAUUUUUUCUUUCCUGAGACAAGUGGAUUGAGUCUGGAAGAGAUCGAUACGGUCUUUGAAACUCCUGGUGUGGCGCCGGUGAAGAUGUCUCUAGAUAUAGAGAAGGCGAAGAAGGAAAGACUUGCUGCAGCACGGGACGAAGAGGCUAGAGCUUGA